GGGAGCGGCCGUGGCCAGGCGGCGGUGCGGCGAUGGAACCAGUGGAGCAGCUGAGCGAGCUAGUGUCAGCCGAGGGCCGAAACCGGAAGGCGGUGCUGUGCCAGCGCUGUGGCUCCCGGGUGCUGCAGCCGGGAACGGCUGUCUUCUCGCGCCGACAGCUUUUCCUCCCCUCCAUGAGAAAGAAGCCAGCUCUGGCUGAUGGCAGCAAUCCUGAUGGCGAACUCCUUCAGGAACACUGGCUGGUUAAUGACAUGUUCACCUUCGAGAACGUGGGCUUCACCAAGGAUGUGGGCAACAUCAAGUUUCUGGUCUGUGCAGACUGUGAAAUUGGACCCAUUGGCUGGCAUUGCCUAGAUGACAAGAACAGUUUCUAUGUGGCCUUGGAUCGAGUGUCCCAUGAGUGACGGAGAGACAGGAACUCAGCCUCACCCCCAGCUAUAAAAGCUUCCCUGACAAGAACCAAGCUUGAAUCUGGUGUCACUGUUGUGCUGUCAGUCUUCUGUGUGCUGUUGUAAGUGAUGCGCAUCAGCAUGUGCCCUCGAACUGGCACAGGGCCAGUCCUGCCUCCUCAAGCCUCAACACUUGCCUCCUGCUUACUCCAUUUUACAUCACAACACGUGAUACCCUACCCUCCUCUUUUCUGUUUGGGGACACAGUAGUGCCUCCUCAUGUUGUCUCAUCCCUGCUAUUCCACCUAGGCUGUUUUACCAGAACAUUCUUUUUUCUUGCUAAGAGUAGAAUUCAACUUUUUAGCCACAAUGACACGUGAGUAAAGCAGUUUAUGUGCUGA